GCUCAAUUUUCAGAAAGACAAAAUGAACCGUUGUGAGUUUCUGCUCGGUUUCAAAUGCCAAUUGUGGCAUGGAUCAACCAAGCUCGCAGACGCCUGUCUGGCUCCCUUUCCCGCGCGAGUGUGUGCGCAAGCACGCGGCGUGGAAGGCAGAACCGCUGCACGGUGCCGAGCACGGCGGCGCCGGCACCAGGACCGGGAACAGGACCGGGGCUGAAGGAGGGGCCGCCGGGCGAGCCGCCGGGCAGGCGCAGAGCGGGAGUGGCGCAACAGGCGGGGCGGUGGGCGGUUCGGCGGCGGCGUGCGGAUGACGGGUGGUGCUGCCCGCUGAAGGAGAAGUGGGGGUGCAUGCAGGGCGGCGGCAUGCGGGCGGAGGAGCCCCUGGCGCUGGCGGCCCCGCAGGUGGUCGGUGGCGAGGCAGAGGCGACGAGCGAGGAGCAGGGCGGCAGCGGCUGCUGCAGCAGCGAGCGGCUAGUGAUCAACAUCUCUGGGCUGCGCUUCGAGACGCAGCUGCGGACCCUCUCCAUCUUCCCCGAUACGCUGCUGGGCGACCCGAGCCGCCGGGUGCACUACUUCGACCCUCUCCGCAACGAGUACUUCUUCGAUCGCAACCGACCUAGCUUCGAUGCCAUCCUUUACUACUACCAGUCUGGAGGGCGGCUCCGGCGGCCAGUCCAUGUGCCCCUCGACAUCUUCCUGGAGGAGAUCCGUUUCUACCAGCUGGGCCAGGAGGCCAUUGAGACCUUUCGGGAGGAUGAAGGUUUUAUUCAGGAGGAGGAGAAGCCCCUGCCUGAGCACCACUUCCAGCGCCAAGUCUGGCUGCUCUUUGAGUAUCCUGAGAGCUCUGGACCAGCCCGUGCUAUUGCCAUCGUCUCUGUGCUGGUGAUCCUCAUUUCCAUUGUCAUCUUUUGCCUAGAGACCCUGCCUGAGUUUCGUCAGGAGCCCAAGGUUGCUCAGCCUGGCUUCGGGGAGCUGGCUGUACUUGAUGAUGACAUACUGCUGCCACCACCACCACCAAGCGGGACUCCACAGUCUCCACAACCCACUGCUGGUGCUGGCCCUUUCUUCACUGACCCUUUUUUCCUCAUUGAGACACUGUGCAUCAUCUGGUUCUCCUUUGAGCUUCUUGUGCGUUUCUUCACUUGCCCCAGCAAGCCUGACUUCUCUCGAAACAUUAUGAAUAUUAUUGACAUUGUGGCAAUCAUCCCCUACUUCAUCACCCUGGGCACAGAGCUGGCCCAGCAACCACAGCAGAAGCAGCAGUCUGGGAGUAGCAGCAACAAUGGGGGCCAGCAGCAAGCUAUGUCCCUGGCCAUCCUCAGAGUCAUCCGACUGGUCAGGGUCUUCAGGAUCUUCAAGCUCUCCAGGCACUCCAAAGGACUACAGAUCUUGGGGAAGACUCUCCAGGCCAGCAUGAGGGAGCUAGGCCUCCUUAUCUUCUUCCUCUUUAUUGGUGUGAUCCUCUUUUCUAGUGCCGUAUACUUUGCGGAGACCGAUGACCCUGACUCGUUGUUCACCAGCAUUCCUGAUGCUUUUUGGUGGGCAGUGGUAUCCAUGACCACUGUGGGCUACGGAGACAUGUAUCCCAUGACAAUUGGUGGCAAGAUUGUGGGUUCCUUGUGUGCCAUUGCGGGUGUGCUCACCAUUGCUCUGCCUGUGCCUGUCAUUGUGUCCAACUUCAACUACUUUUACCAUCGAGAGACUGAUAAUGAAGAGCAGUGUCAGUACACCCAUGUCACCUGUGGCCAGCAGCAGUCACCCUUCUCUGAGCCCAAGAAGGGAGACAGUAAUCAGUCUCUCAGCAAAUCUGAAUUUUUGGAAGUGGAAGACCUGGAGUCCAUGAAAUAUUCCAAUUUCAUUCCCCCUGGUAAUCAGGGUUAUAAAGAGAAGAAAAUGCUGACAGAAGUGUGAUCAGUUUUGUUAUCCUGGGUCCAGGCACAGAGCUGCAAGCUGCUGCACAGCUGUCUUCGCACUAGCAGUUGGAUCUAUUCAGCAUUUACAUACCAAACUGUGGAUUGUGAUACCGUAAACGGAGUCGUCGUGAUAAUGGGCUCUUCUUUCCAGAUAUGCUGUUUCUUGUUGCUGUGUGCAGUCAGAAAUGUUCUUGCUUUGUUCUGUGGAGUGCUAGCUGUCAUUCCCUGCUCAUGGAUGGUUUUUUUUUAGGAUCACUGUAAUCCAAUUUUAGCUUAGAAGCCUAAUCUUUCUACUCCACUAGCGAAGAAGUCCUUGCAACAACUUCAGCUCAAGGAUUUUGCAGGGAGUAAGUAGUUAAAGGGGCUAUGAACAUCCGGCUCAAGCUGUAUCCUUGGUUCCUGUGCCAGCUUGGUGCCCUUAGCUGUGGGAUCAGUCACGCCUGCAAUGCCUUUGUCUUUGAAUAAUGGAAAUGCUUUAGCUAGCCUCACAGUGAGUUUUGCAGCUGUAGGUAAAAGUCGGCAAACAGAUGCCUUUCUUGUUUGCAACACUUGUCUUGCAGAAGACCCUCUUGUUUUAUGUUUCUAAAAAGUUGCAUAAAUAGAAAAGCACUUUGCUACUUCGUAUAUGCAUUUAUUAUAAGUGGGCAUAAAUGAUUUGACAGGCUUGUUGAAGAUUCUCUGUGUUUUGAUCUUAAGUCUUACUUGUGCCAGUGUCCUAAUGUUACUUGGCUUUUAUAGUACCAAGUUAACCUUUGUAGUGGUGCCUUCUCACUUUUGAAAAAAUUGAUUUGUUAUCUCCUCAAUUUAUUUCCACAAGUGUUUAGUGAUAUGUACUUUAUGCUUCAGGUACUCAGUUCUGUAUUCAGGCAUGUGAACACAGUUGACUCCACUGCGUUUUUAUUGAAGUGUUUCUGUAGCUGAGGAAAGUUUGCAUGCUCGUAUUAUGUUGAUAUUGCCAAAAAACACAACUACCUAUGCUGUCUUAAAAUUCCACUGAUAUUGUGGGUCACAGUCAUAAAUUAUUCCUGGGUAUUGGCAUUAGAGGCUGGCCUUUACACCAGCUUCCCUAAGACAUCUGCACAAACUCAAUAGCAUACCCUAGAACUUUAAAAUGAGAGGAAAAAGAGGUAAACUUGAAAUGCUAUUUUUGCUUUAUUAUUGAUUCAAACAGUUCUGGGUAUUUCUUAAAUUGAAAGCACAGAAAUGGUUUUUUCAUGCACUAGAUUUUCUAAGUGCAACUUACAGUAGCAAUGCAAAAUACAUUCCUUAGCCUGCAUUGCUGGGCUUGUCAAGGGACCAGAGAAUUUCAUUUUAAGAUGCAUGUUUUUCUUCACAGAUCACAUUUAUCUCUGCCUAUUCCCUAUUUUAAAAUGUUUCAAAUGCUGCUAGUGGAUGAAAAGGGAAAACAAAUACUUUCAGAUUCUAUUUGUAAACUUUCAUGCAAAUACAUGCAUUGUUUUUGUUUUUAAAUUUGAUUGUAUGUUCUGCGUUCAUAUGUGUGCAUGUGUUUGAAAGCAAAGACAGGCGGAAUCAUAGUAUCAGAGAACUAUAGAACUGCCUUAGGUUGGAGGGACUUUAAGAUAAUCUAAUUCCAACACCCAUGCCAUGGCCAGGGUUGCCAGCCACUGGGUCAGGCUGCCCAGUAUUCCAUCCAGCCUGGCUUUGAAAUCCUGCGGGAAUGGAGCAUCCAAAGCAUCUCUGGGCAACAGUGCCUCACUACCCUCUGAGUAAAGAAUUUUUUCCUAAAUUCUAACUUAAAUCUUCCCACUCUUUUAAUUGAAAGUCCUUCCUUUUUGUUCUGUCACUAUCAGACCAUGUAAAAAUCAGUCUCCCUUCUGCUUAUUAGCCUCCCCUACACAGUGAGGUUUGUUCAUGGCCUUCUCCAAGCUUGACAAGCUCAGCUCCCUCAAUUCUUCCUUUCUGAUAGAUGUGCUCCAGCCCCUUGAUCACCUUCAUGACCCUCCUCUAGAUCUGCUUCUGUAGCUCUACAAUUUUCUUGUGCUGGGAGUCCCAGGCCAGAACUCAGAACUCCAGAUGAGGCCUCACAAAGGCAGAGUAAAGGGUACAGUCACCUCCUUUGCCCUGCUGGCUGUCCCUCUUUUGAUGUAGCUCAGGAUACUGUUGGCUUUCUGGAUUGCAGGCACACAUAUCUCGCUCAUGUCUAGCUUUUUGUCCACCAGGAUCCCCAAGUCCUUCUCCACAGGGCUGCUCUCAAGUUCUUCUCUCAGUGUAUACCCAGCAUAUCUGGGAUUAUCCUGAUCCAAGUGCAGAGUAUCGCACCUGGCCUUCUUGAAUCUCAUUAUUUCCUGUGGGCCCAAUUUUCAAGCCUGUCCAAGGCCCUCUGGAUGGCAUCCCUUCCUUAUGUCAUAUCAGCUGCACCACUCAGCUUGGUGUACUUGCUAAAGGUACACUCAAUCCCACUGUCUGUGUCACUGAGAAAGGUGUUAAAGACACUGGUCCCAAGACAGGCCCCUGUGGGUCACCACUCAUCACUGGCCUCUACCUGGACAUAGAUCCAUUGACCACAACCCUGUGACCAUCCACCAAUUCUUUGUCCACUGAAUAGUCCACAAAACAGAUGUAAGGUGCAAAAUAUAUAGAAUAUGUUUUAUGUAUAUGUAUACAUCAUACUUUUCAAACAUAAGGCUGAGAUUGCUAAGGACAUGUCCUUUAAUAUCGUCUGAGCUGGCAGGGUUGUGAGAUGGGAUCUGUUUGCAUCCUUGUUACCCUGCUUAUUUUCCAUUGUCCUGAGAUUUGGCUCCAUGCCUAGAGUGCUUUUAUUGUGUCUCUCCUCAUCUGGGUCGUGAUCAUAUGGUAGAAGUUGUUUAUGUAAGUCCUAACUGCUGCGCUUCUCCAGAGACCCAUAGUCUUCUCAAAGGUUUCUAAUGUACAAGGAACUUGCCUUAGGUCAGUGCACAGACAUUGCACUGAUUCUUCUGUUCUCUCUCAAUGGUCAGCAGCAAAAAGCCACUUGUUACUGCAGAUCAGCCUGGGAGAGCACAUGUGGUGUGGUAUGUUGAUGGCUCUGUAGAUGAGAGGAGCUUGCCUGAAUAAAAAGAGCAGAAAGUGACUUUCCAGGCUACCUCCACAGAUGUCUGUGUCUAGUGCUUUUUUUGUUUCAUUGUAACUGAGGCGAAUUUAUCUGAAUUUCUGGGCUUUGGCUUUCAUUCUGCAUCUCUUAAAGCAUGUAACUUGUGGGUCAGUAAUACUGGAUCCCACUGCAUGGUGGGAUCUCUGUUGAUUUUGUGUAAAAAGUUGUCUUGGUGUCUGAAUUAAUUUUGCAAAAUGCUAUUGUUGUUCUUAGUUGUGUAUCAGAUUCAGUACAAUGAAAUAUUCUUCUGAAUGUAAGGGAUUGGCUUUCAGUUUUAUGUUGUCCUUGCAAGUGCACUAAGCUAGCAGAAGAACCUGCUAUUUAAGAAGGAUGUGUCGAGGCUGUUGCUGUCUCCUAGUAGAAUGCCCAUGUUUGGGAUUAUUUUAUGCAGAAGUGUAUCAGCUGAUACAAGUUUCCCCAAAGUAAGAUAUAAAAAGCUCAGGUUAAGCACGAGUUCAGGAGGAGGCACGAGCUAUGCACUGCUUACGUCAGAAAAUUCCUUGUGCUGGUUUCUUCCCUUUGGCCCAACCCCUCUGCCCCUGCCAGGCAGGAGCCGUACCUCUCAAGAAGAGGUUGUUCUUCCAGCCGGCGUGGUAUGUGGCUGGGCAUGCAGACUAACAACAACAACAAAAAAGACGUGAGACGUAACCAGUAACAUAAACUCUAGCAUGUCUUGUAAAGAUGUUCUGGUAAUAAGAGCUUCUGCUAUCAAGUGAAAUUCAGCUGUGGGUUUCUAAGCAUAUAGACACAUACAUGCAAAGGAACUUUGCUGUGAACAGACCACUUUAUGUGCAGUUUUUUGCACUCCAUAUUUUUCAAUUCUGGAAACAAUGUGCAAAUGAAAAUGUGUAAAACAGGAGUGUUGUUUUCUCCCUGGAUUUUCUGUGUUAGAGCUAAGAGAAAUACAAAAAAUUAUCAAGCUUGGAAAGUGUAGCCUGGGAGUUUUAUUUAAGUGUGCAAAUCUGUUUUUAAGCAUAUCCUAAAAAAAAUACCAACAAACCAGGGUAGUCAAGUCAUGCAGUCAUCAGCAAUAUUAUAGCUCUUCUGGUAUUAAGCAGCCUUCAGAAUUUUUGCAAUUGACUUAAGUGACAUUGUGCCUUUAUAAAGCACUUAAGUUUUCAGCUGUUAGCAGUCACCUCUGGAUGCUUGAAAUACAAAUCUGUCUGUUUGUUUAGCUAUUUUCUUCUUAAGGCAGACCACACCUUUUGAAGCAAAGUAGCAUCUCCAAAGAUUCAUAACAAUCUCACAGACUGUUUCUCUACCCUGUGACUUUGGCUACAGGCAAAAGCACUGUUGAAUAUGUUAUCAGCACACCACCUUUACAGCCAUUUUCUUUGGUUAGUGAAGAUCCCAUCAUGUUAUAUUGUGUAUAGCUGCCCUGUUAAACUCCAGACUGACAGACUGUUAACAGUGUUUGAAAACAGGCAGUUCAAACAAGGAGAUAGGAAGGACUUUAUAUCCUUGCACAUGGAGAGAUAAGGGUAUGUGAAAGACACGCUUAGGGACAAGGGGGUCAACUGGUCAAUGAGUUUUCUGAGUGCUCAGUUACAAGGAAUACAAGGAGGAGUGUUGCUUUAGAAAACACAGAAUCAUUUUUUUUUUAACAAUCUCACUAGGAAAUAAAGUUUUGUUAUGGGAAAGACUACCACAUUUUUCCUGAAUCUUUGGCCAUUCUGUGACAAUCAGUUAUAACAAAAAUUUUCCAUGGGAUAUUUUGCACCAAAUCAGAGCAGGGGAGAAAUCAAUGAGGGAAGGAAAAGAAGAAUUUUAUAGUGGAUGCCUUUUUUAUCCACUGCUUAUCAACUAUCUGAUGGACUGUAAGUUUAAAAGGCAUGAAAAGUUGUUUUGCAGUAUUUCAGAGUAUUACUGAAGGAUUCCUGAAGUUUUUCACAAGGUGAAAGUUCUGUUCCUGUUUGAAAAAUAUUGCAUGUUGAGUUUUUUGAGUAAUUUUUUGUCUCAGCCCUGUUCAUUCUGAUCCAGCUUAUAUGGAUAAAAGUCAUUGCUACAGCAGCUGGAAUGAUGAAGGUGACAGGACAAAGUGUUCUCUACUAAGCCCACUCAUUUGAUGUACGGAGAUCCCUGCAGGGAUAAAGAAGAAUGAGUAAAAAGGAAAUUCAAGGGAGAAAAAAGCAGGGUAAGGGCUGAAGAAUCUUUCAUACUAUGAUGAAAAGAACAGGAUCAUCCCUAAAAGCAAAAGAACUAACAGCUCCAGCUUCUGCUGUUAUAGCAGAGGUAGGUAAGGUUUCUUUUUCAUCUGUGAAAUCAACAACUGAAUUUCUUGCAAUUGAUGAGGAGGGAUUUCCUAAUUAAAAUUUACAGCCUAAAUGGAGAAUCUGAUUCUAGGUGAAGAAAAGAAGAAAAAUAACUAUAAACUACAAAAACAUAGUAUGAGCCAGAUCCUCACCAUCUACUGAUGUAAGUUAGCAAAACCCCAUUUAACGUAACUACCUUCAUUUAUGUUGAAUCUUCUGCGUACAGUCAAAACAUAUGUACUGUCUGUUAAAGUGCUUACCUUCAUUUUUUCUUCUCUUGAGGUACUCUUUACAUCGGGGAAUGCAGAUUACAGCAGGAGUUAACCUCAGCUUUCCCGAAAACUGUCAUCUGAUAUAAGUCCAAGUUGAAAUUACCAGUGUCCAACUUUUCCUUAAUGAAAGAAGGGAAAAGAUUUGCAGGAGGGAAAUUUUAUGGAAAGUGCUCAUCAACUUUUGUGGUCACUCUAAAAUACUGAAGCUGUGUUGCCUCAGAGGCAAGACUUGUGAGAAACCUUGCCUUCAUACAAAAUAUCACUGGAAGUUCAGUAAAUCUGUGUUUGGAUUCACUUUCACUAAAUGGAUAUAAAAAUAUUUAUUGUGAAGUUUUGGAAGACCUUUUGUCGAAAAGUAAAUAACUUCAUAUAUGUAAAUAAAAUGUAAUAAAUCCUAAGGUAUUUCACUGGGAUUGUAGCCCUGUUUUUAGGUGUUGUAGGUUCAUUUACCUAAAAAGUUGUAUAUGAUUUUACACCAACAUAAGAUUUAAUUUUUCAAGCACAUAUUGUUUUAUCCUCUUGCAUUCUCUGGAGAGAAAUGAAAUGUUCUUCGACCAAAAAAAAAAAAAAAAUUGGAACAUUUAGUGUCUCCUCUUUGCUGCUUGUUGAUGCAUCUGUUGUUUUCAAUUAGAUUGAUGGCAUCCAUUUUCAGAAAGCAGAUGCUGCCCUCUUUUGCAUUGGUGCAAUUCUGGAAAAGAACCACGUCAGUGAAGUAACUCCAAACUUAUCUCCAAUGAAAGCAAAAUUGGACCACAGUCUCAUCAUUUGCUUACAUGCGUUGGUGCUCUAGGAAGGUACACUACUACCACACCGUAAGUUGAGCCUGUAUGCUGUGCCACACUCAGCUCUUUUGUGCCCUUAACAGUUAUGAGCCUGGCAGAAAUCAGGCUGGUGUGCAGUUUUGGGGAUCAGUAGAUUGCUCAUAUCAAGCAGAGCAGAUUCCAUUUCUAAAUCCUUGCCUUCUUUUCUAUCCCAAUUUCUGUCAAUUUCCUCUUGCUUUGAUAUGAUCUGUUUCUAAGGAGACAGAUUUUUUAUGGUAAGAAAUUAUACUUGCAGUUCUUAAAUAAUACAAUGACAGAAGGGUAGCAGAAGUAGGCAUGGAGACAAUUUCUACUCCUACAGAUUUUUACUGUUAUGGCCAUCUGUGAAAACUGUCACAGUCCUGUCAGGUUGGCUGUAGAUCUGCUGACUCUAGGGUCUCCAUUUUCAGGAUAUAUAUAUUAUAUAUAUUAUAAAAUUAUAUAUAUAUAAUAGGGAUUUUGAUAGUAAGCGUAUCAUUUCUGGAAGACACAGAUUGGGAGUGGUAAGAUCAGUCAGAGUACCUGUGUCAAUUAGAGUCACAAGAGUGAUGAAGUCAUAAGCUUCAGAUAUAACUCUUGAAAGUCUCAGAAGAACUUCUACUACCACCUGGGAAGUGUUAAUUCUUUAAGGCCUUGUCUGGAGUGUUGUGUGCCUUUGUGAUGACCUAAAUUUGGUGAAUUUUAACUCAGAGUGGGAAGGAAGCAUGGGAAUGGCAGCAAAAAUUAUCAGGUGGAUCAACACUACUUCACAAGAGAAACUUGGAAGAACGUGACUUUUCUAGACCAGCAAAAGAUUGGCAAGACCUGUAGAUACAAAAAUACGAGGGAUUUUAUUUAUUUUUAUUUAAACGGUGUUGGUGAACAAUAGAGCAAAAACUGUCAAUGAAUACAUCUAUAUUGGAAAGCAGUAAGUGAUUUCUAGUAUAACAGAAAAGGGGAAAUGAAAACUUGUUUUGGGAGAAAAGCAGAUUUUUUUUCAAAUGAACUUUGGCAGAUUUGUGAAAGCGUUCUUAUAUAGAAGUAGUUACAUGCAAUGCUGAACCUAGAUUGUAUUUCAGAUGCCAAAUAUAUAAGCAAUUGUAUCUUACUGCCUAUAUCUUCUGAAAAAAAAUGCAGCUUAGUUGACAUAUUUGUUUAGCUGCAGGAUGUCCAACCUUAUUGACCUUAUCAUUUAGUAUUUGGGCAGUUUGGUGUAUGGGUAGGAAGAACAUGAGUCUUUGGAGAUGGCUAUUUCUCUGUGGAAAUGAGGGAAGAGAAAGAAGAGCUAGUAGUAGGCUAGGAUGGGGCAGGCAGUACCUGAUUGGUCUAUGCACUAGUUUGGAGGCAGAGGAAAGGCCAGUCUCUCAAGCUUUUCUUUUUGCACUUUGAAAGCACAGCAGUCUCUGUCCAUUGCUCUUCCCCUCAACCUGGAACCUCUGCUGACUGUUUCUGAUCCUUUCUCCCUUUCAAGGUCUUCACUGAUCUUUCUUCUUUCUGGGGCUUUUGGAAAUUCCUUGUUAUUAUCAACUCCCUGGAGUAACUUCAGUAGCACAUAGUUUUGAGAAAAGCCUUGAGCAAGCUCUGUUGCAGCUCGGCUCGGGUUUCUGAUUUGGAUGCAGAAAUCAAGUGACAAAUAACCUUCAGUGAACUGAAGGUCAGCCAAGUUGAUAACAGUGGCCUACAAGAGGUUAUCAGGAUAAUCCUCUAUUAAAAAGCGCUGUUCUGGCACAGACAAAACCAUGGUUUCAUGUUUCUUUCACCUCAUUGAGUUCAUCUCAUUCUGUGGCAAUGACUGAGACUUUGAGCUCAGGGGAUAGAACAGUGAUUGACCAAGGUGGGAUCUUCACUCAUCCAUUCAGAUCUGUGUCAUAAUAGCACGUAGGAAAACCUAGUCACGUUUUGUCUGUGAGUCUUCUAAUUUGUUGCUGCUCUGUGCUCACUUAUGGAAUGAAACCAUCGCCUUGUGAUUUAUAUCUAAUUCUGGCUAGCCAGUUCAGUUGUUUUGUUUGUUUUUGUUUUUAACUCUCCUUUUUAAUUCCUUAAUUAGAAAAAAAAAAAAAAAAAAAAAAAAAAAAAAGCAUGCACAUUAUGGAAGUAUGUGAACACAAACACCAAACUUUAUCAAUGGCAUUGUCAGUAAGGUACAUACAAAUCUGGUUGUGUGUAAGUUAUUCUAAGAGCUUGUCAUCAUUUCUUGAGUUACAACAGCACGAAAAGGGAAAAACUCAUUCAAAACUCAAAUUAUCUCAUGACAUUUGCAGACUGAUCCAAAAAGUUUAAUUUGAACCAUAAACAGUGUUGCGUCUGUCUCUGAGCUCAAUUGACUUUGACAUUGAUAGAAGACACAAUUAGUAUCUGCUUCUGUGCAUCUUAAUUACAGCGGUUACAUUAUAUGCAGUGCAGUUGUGUAUGCCUUAGUCCUGAAGCAUGAAACAUAUUAAUGCUAAAGAUCCUACAGGAAUAAUCUCUAUCAGCAAAAUGGUGAUUGAAGUGCUUAUGUGAUAAAAAUCAUAUAUGCCAUCUCAGAGCUCAAAGAACUUUUCAGUGGUGAGAAAGUUAAUAUUACAGUUAGAUUUUACAGUGGUGAUAGAAUAAGGAUAUGAGGAUAUGGAAGUCACACUGUGUAUUUCUCAAGAUCUGAAAUAUGCUGUAAUUUUAAUGUAUCAGGAAUAAUACUGUCAGAUACAAUCCUUUUAGUGCUGUAGACAAGGGGUUUUCAUGCUUAUUAAAUGAUACCCACAAAACAAUUGAUCUUUGUAGUUUGUCCUUGGAGAUGACACAAUGAGUUUCAAAAACACUCUUGAAGGUGUUCAGUAUUGCUUAUUCAUUUGUCUAGUAUCUGAUGAUCUGUUAGUUUUCUAUAGCGCACUGCAAAUAUUUUUGUAAGUCAUAUUUCCAUCAAAAAAGGCCUUUUCAAAAUCUGCCAUGUCUGUGAGAGCAUUCUGAUUUCAAUUGUUUGAUAUCUUUAAAAAAUGAAUUAUUUUAAAAUUUUGCAAUAUAUCUUAUUAUUUUUAUAAUGUUCUGAACUUUUUUAGUUUUUAACAGCACGUAUGUGAACAAGGUAGAAUGCAAAGUUUUGCAGUUAUAUCUUUUGUACUUUGAUCUGUAAUGGGAGGUGCAAUUAUUAUUGAUAUUAUUUGUAAACUAACCUUUUUUUUUCAAGACAAUACAGUGUAGCCACUGGCUUUCCAGUGUGGCUGCAAUGUCAGCUCAAAUACUUCUGUGCAUUCAGUCAGGUGCUAUUCAGAUACUCCAAACCAGACGAAGUGACAGGUCAAAUACCAUGGAUACUAGACCACAUUGUGAACUAAAAGAGGGGAGAUAUAGAGAUGAAAUCAUGAGGAAAUUUUUUACUUGGAAGCUGGUGAGGCACUGGAACAGGUUGUGCAGAGAAGCUGUGGAUGCUCUAUCCCUAGAGAUGUUAAAUGGCCAGCUUGGAUGGGGCCCUGGGCAUUGUGAACUAAUGGAUGGGAACAUUGUCCAUAGUGGAGGGGGUGGAACUAGAUGACUGUAAGGACCCUUCCAAUCCAAGUUAUUCUAUAAUUGUAUGCAGUAGGAAUGACAGAAGGGAUGUUCCAGUGCUUUGUCUGUCACUGAGCCAAUCAUUCUUUUCUGCAAGUGGAAAAUAUGCACAGAUAAAAAAAGUUGUUUAAUGAGUCCAAACUGCUUGUGCAAUGCAGUGUGACUUGCUAGAACUCAUCACUGUGAAUUCUGAACAAUUCCUGUUUCCACUUAGCAUGUUAUCUUUUAGAAGAGAAAAAAGAAAUAAAGGAAAGAAGAAAUAAAAAGAUUAUAGUCCUGAUAAUUUCCUGUCUGCAGUGGGAGGAAGAAUGGCAGUAGAAGGUGCUAUCUGGAGUGUGCUGUAGCUCACCUUAUUAUCACGUAGAAUAUCAUACAUAUAUGAAUAUAUAUAUAUAUUCAUAGAUAUGUAAAUAUAUAUAUAUUUACAUAGUUAUAGGGAAAGGUAAUGGCUGACAACCAGUUCUAAAUUACCAAAAAAAAUGGUGAUGGUCACAACCCAGUUUAAGAAAGAAAUAUUUGCUUACCCAUUCUAAGGAUCAAGGCUUACCACAUAAUCCAAAAGGAGGGAUCUCCAGUAGAGAUCUCUCCCUUGUGGCUGCUAGCCCUUAAAUGAGACCUAGAGAGCAAUGGGACUUCUGGUUGCACAGAUGAAUUGCUUUCACCUGUGUUCCCAGGGCUGGCUAUGUCCUUUCACUAAGUGCUCAUUCAUUGGUUCAGGCCACAACUUCGCAAUUCCCUUACAAAUUUAAAUAUAUAUAAAUGCUUUCACAUGCAUAAGAUAAAUAUAUAAGCAGUGAAUAUAUAGAGACAAAGAAAUGCAAAAUGUUGGAAAUGAGAAUCUGUAAAAUGUAUUUACUUCCAAAAAACUUUUUAGGAAGUAUCUAGUUCAACUGUUAAUAAUGUACAUCAAUCCACCAAGUUGCCUGCUUGCUUUGGGCUCAUCUAAAUUGUGAGAAAUCUCUGAUGUGCAGACUAAAUCUUUGCCAAUCUUCAAAGGAGAAUAUUGUCACUGAUCUUUUUUUUAUGUAAGCUUUCUCUUGCAGAUUUCUGUGUUGAAGAGGAAAGCUUCCAAUCCAGGGAUUACAAACAGUGAGUAAGCCAGUGGAGAUAUGAAGGCUGGCUUAUGGUUUUCCAAAAAAUCAUAGCAAAUACUGAUUUCUUGAAGUUUGGUAAGUCAGAGAAUCUGUAAAUUAGAUAAUUUACAGGAAGAGACAGAUAUCUGCAAGAGCUGUGCUAAGUGAAACUAUGACAAGUUGUUACAUUUUAUUGUGUGGUGUAUAAUCACAGCAAGGUUUACUGUUUUGAUUCUCCUCUUAGUUUUAUAUUGUUGGUUUUGAUUGGGAUUUGCUUACAAUGGAGAUGUUCCACUGAAAGAAUGGAGAGGAAGUACAGAGGACAUAUUCAAUAUCUGAGAUCUUGGAUCUCAUUUUUUUUCACUUUGUACAUUAAUAAUUCAACAAAUGUUUAGAAAUUGUAAAAUACAGUCAUAGAAUCAUAAUACGGUUACAAAAUCAUUGAUUUGAAAGGGACCCUUAAAGGCCACCUGGUCCAACAUCCUUGCAAUGAAUAGCAAAACCUACAGCUUGAUCAGGGGCUUGUGCAGCCUGACUUUGAGUGUCUCCUGGGAUGGGGCAUCUAGCACCUCUUUGGGCAACCUGUGCCAAACUUGUUAGCAUGAACUGCUCUGAACUCAACCUACUGAGAGCAAGUCAACAGGCACUUGGAUUCCUACUGCUAUCACCAUCUGCUUGAAGCAGGCCUUCAGAGCUGCCUCCACAGCCCCAACUCUCCUGCAGAGAAAAAGGGCCUACAAAUUUCCUGAUAGCACAAAAUCCAUGCUCCUCUAUGGUUUCUAAAUUUAUUUACUAAGACCCCUUAAUAGUGAACAAGACUCUUCUUGCACUAAAUAAAUUGCAUGGUUAAGGUAUGUUACGUCAACUGCGUGUCCAAAGUGAGGAUUAUGUAAAAACAGUCUCAAUAAUUAAAAUGAAUAUAGCAUAAACAGGUUUUUUGUUUGAGUUUACCAUGAUACAUUUUCUUGAAGUGUUUAAAAAUCCAAAAGCACAAGUCUAAAUGUUUCUGAUCUCCUUUCAACAAAUGUUCUAUACAAACAAAGCAACUGCAUGAAUCAAACACUACAGAAUUAAGUAAAUGUAUGAAAAAAUCUCAGAAAGUGUAACUGGCAGUCAUUCAGCAUGGAAAAUAUCGUGAAAAACUUCACUAUGGCUGUAGAACAGUAAAACUGUAAACAGGGGUCAACUCACCUCUGUAAGUUUGUAAGUUUGACAGUGGAGACGGAACAUCCACAUGUUGCCUGUGGAAUAACUCCAUGGUCCAUAGAAUGGCACUGUGCCACACAGAAGUUUGUCGCUGGCUUUUGCUACAUUUUCUGACAGCAUAAGCAUGAGGUGGACUUUGUCCUAUCACAGGUUUCUCUUCUGAAUUUCCAGGCUUUCCAGAAUUCAGAGUAAUUGUACAGAUUAUUCCAUGCAGACACCCCAGAUGAUUCUCUGUGUCUUUACUCAGAAAUAACACCAUCUGCUUUCUGUGGGCAUUUUGCUUGAAUAAAUAACAGUACACUUAACCCCUGAAGGGUUUGCCUAGGAGCUACAAAGCAGCCUCCAGAACAACUGCUUCAUCUUGCUGCUGAGAAACUAUUGGCAAAGCCUGAAACUAAUUAAUAGUAGUCACUGCUUACAAGAUGCUUUAUAUAUUCAAAGUAUUGUACAAAACCAUAUUCAGUUGUCUGUCUAAAUACCACGUUAUUUGCAUUCUACCUAAGAUGAAUGCAAAAACUUGGACCUUGUGCAGCCUGCAGCUAUCAAGCGUAGAUUGAAGGGAGCUAAAUCUUUAUAUGCAUGUUCAUGGUGCAUACACAUGCAUGUUCAUGGUACAUACUAGGUGCAUACACUCAUGUAGCAUCACAGAGUUACUCUAUGGCUCAAAGAUGGAACCAACCCAUAGAUACCAUAAUUUGGAGUGCAUAACAGAUUUCAAAAGCCUUCUAAACAGUGUUUGAGGAUCAUCUGGUAUAAUGUUUGCAAAUUUCUCUUAACUCAGCAUAUCCCACGAAGAAAAUAUACUAGGAGCACUGCAGUCAAUGGUUUUACAUUAAAACUCCACACUAUAUGACUAUUCUUAUUUAUUAAAAAAAAAAAAAAAAAAAAAAA